AUGUCGUUAGAAGAUGAAACUCUCACGCAAAGGGGUACCGUCCAUCCGUUCCACGAUCAAGGAAAUCAGGACCACGAUCACGAUGAAAAUAUGUCGAACGUAUUGGUCGCGAAAGGGGUGACGAUGGUCAUCUUAUGCACAGUGAGCAUCACCAUGGGCAUCCUGCCGAUGCAAGUGGCGAAGCGGUUGAAAUGGAACACUUCCGGCGUUGAAAAUCCUAGCAAUGACGCGUUAAAAGUCGACAAAUGUUGCGAUAGGUCAACGAGAUUGGUAAGCUUGCUUCUGGGAUUCGGCGGUGGCGUUCUUUUCUGCACGACGUUUCUUCACCUGCUGCCGGAAGUGAAGGAAGGUCUGGAACAUCUCACGGCCGAAGGGAAACUUCCGGAACUUAGUUUCUCUUUAGCUGAGACGCUCACCUGCGCUGGUUUCUUCAUUAUGUAUUUAGUCGAAGAGUCAGUGCACACGCAUUUACGAAAGAAGCAGGCACGUAGAGAAGGUUCGAGCAAGGACGUUACCAAGAGCACCAACGAGCUAGUUGAAAAUGGACAAACAUUGCCAAACUGCGUACAUGUUCGCGGCAGUGGCGGCUCACAAAUUCGUGAUAGCGUUCUGCAUCGGUUUGGAGUUAGUUGCCUCGAACACCAGGCGCUACCUCUCGGUGAUCUACGUCUGCACAUUCGCAGUUGUUUCUCCUUUAGGGAUCGGCAUAGGAAUGUGUCUGGUUGGCGGCGAAAGCGCUGCUGCCAAUGGCAUAUUUCCGGUGCUGCUGCAGGGCUUGGCAUCUGGCACUUUGCUAUACGUGGUAUUUUUCGAAAUCCUGCAAGAGCACAGAACCGGCCUCUAUCAAUAUUUAUCCAUUCUGCUUGGAUUCGCUGUGAUGUUUGGACUGCAGAUAUUAAGUGAGUACGAAAUUUGUUUUCAAAUAAAACUUUGCAGGAUAUCUCCAUAGACGCGUACGAGCAAAAGCAUUGAAUCCACACCGAUGCGGGAUUUAA